UAAAUUACUUACAAGUCGCGCCCCAACAAAUUAUAAAGUUAAUUUAUAAAAAAAAAAACUUAUUCUAAAUAAUUAUAAUAUUUCAAUUUAAUAAAUAUAAUAAAAGAACAUAAAAUUAAAAACAGUGUUGUAGUUUAAUUUGGGAUUAAAAUGAAAUUUUUAAAUUUGGCAACACUAUGUGCUUUUAUAGCAUUUACAUCAGCUUUACCAAUUGAUGAAUAUAGUUUAAUGGUGGCACCUGAUUUUGUAAGCCAAGAAAAUGUUUCACUUGAAUAUAUGCGUUUAUUUGCACCAAGAACUGAUCCAGGCAUUAUUAUGGAUGCAUAUUUAACUACACCGCAAUUAUUAAAAAAAUAUGGAUACCCAGCAGAGACACAUAAAGUUCAAACACCAGAUGGAUAUAUAUUGGAAAUGCAUCGUAUUCCUAGGCCAGGUGCCAUUCCCGUAUAUUUACAACAUGGAAUUAUGGAUUCUUCUGGUGGUUGGGUUAUUAUGGGACCACAUUCAGCUUUUGCUUAUUUCCUCUAUGAGCAAGGAUAUGAUGUAUGGAUGGGAAAUUGCCGUGGAAAUCGUUAUUCUCGUAGUCAUACACAUUUAAGUGUAGAUAAAAAAGAUUUUUGGGAUUAUUCAUUCCAUGAAAUUGGAACAUAUGAUUUACCAGCAAUGAUUGAUCAUGUUAUCGAACAAACCGGUUAUAAAAAAAUUCAAUAUGUUGGUCAUUCACAAGGAACAACUGCUUUUUGGGUAAUGUGUGCUCAACGUCCUGGUUAUUGUGAUAAAGUAAUAACAAUGCAAGCUAUGGCACCAAUCGCUUAUAUGGAAUAUGUUAAAAGUCCUUUAAUAAGAGCACUUGCACCAUUAACAACAACAGCUGAAAUUGUUGCAAAAUUAUUAGGGAUGCAUGAAUUUUUACCAAAUAAUGAUAUAAUGAGAAUGGCUGGUGAAUUUUUAUGUAAAGAUGAAUCAUUUACGCAAAUUCUUUGUACAAAUGUUAUGUUCUUAGUAACUGGUUAUAAUUCAGAACAAUUAAAUACAACAAUGUUACCAGCUAUAUUAGGACAUGUACCAGCUGGUACAUCAACAAAACAAUUUAUACAUUAUGGUCAAUUAGUUAAUUCUGGACGUUUUCGUAUGUAUGAUUAUGGUAUGUUUAAGAAUUUAGCAAAAUAUGGUACAUUCAAACCACCAUCAUAUGAUUUAUCAAAAGUAACAGCACCAGUUGCAUUACAUUUCUCAAUGAAUGAUUGGUUAGCAGAUACUAAAGAUGUAGCAAAAUUAGAAGAUCAAUUACCAAAUAUUAUUAAACAAUAUCUAGUACCACAACCUAAAUUUAAUCAUUUAGAUUUUAUAUUAGCAAUUGAUAGCCGAAAAUUGGUUCAUACUGAUGUAUUAACAAGUAUGAAAGAUUAUGAAAGAAAAGCUAAACUUGCUGGAAUUUCAUUUAAAUAAGAAUAACAUAAAUAUAGUGCAGGUCUUUUCAUUUGUUUUAAGAUUUAACACUGUGAUGAUAGUUUAAAAAUCAAAAAUAAUAAAAAAAAAAUUAGAGAUUUAUAAAAAAGGCUAAAAGAAAUUAUUCUUACAUAUAUGUAUGUAUGUAUGUAUGUAUAAAACUGAUUUAUAAUAAUUCUAUAAUUAUAAAUUAACUGUGAUUUAUCUAAAAUUAUUACUAAAAACCUUUAAAAGGCAAUAUAUAAAUAGUUAUAAAUUAAAUUAAAUUUAUUUUAAUUGGCAAUAAAAAUAAAAAUUUUUAAAAAUUAU